AAACAGGUUUAGAAGAUGCUAGAGUCUGAAGCCGGUACCAGCGGUACCAGGAGUUCGAGCUCUGGGAGAAAAUCCAAUAUCAUCACUUCUUCAGCUGAUUCGCGGGGCGGGCCGCGAAAAAUCCAAUGCUGUGUGCCCGAAUGCGUCAACACCGAACAGGGGCAGCCCGGGAAGGUGUUCUAUGAGUUCCCCAGGGAGCCGUCAAGGCGCUCAAAAUGGCUACAUCUGAUCAACCGUUCCGACAUGGAGCCGACAGCUGAAGACCGGGUCUGUUCAGACCACUUCUCCCCUGAUCAGUACAACGUUAAGAGGGCUUUGAGGGGGGACGCACUUCCCACCAUCGACAAGCAGCCGACGCCAACGCCUCAACUAAAAAGGAAACCAGAAGAUACGAACAUACAUACCAACAACAAACAACCCCGCUUAGACACACAACCCAACAUAGUCGAAACAACAAUACAAAUCAAAAUAGAACCGGAAGAACCGAAAGAUGAACCAAUGAUAGAAGAAUAUUUAGAAACCCAAUGUCGAGACAACGAUCCUCUAGCUAUCGCGGAACCAAAGAACGAAGACUUAAUCAACAUCAAAAAAGAACCAAUAGAACCUUUACACAUAGAAACCCAAUGUAGAGACAUAGAUCCUCUAACUAUCAAACCUGAGCCCGGAGUCCGUACAACAACAACUCAAACAUUAUCACGUAAAAAAAUGUACCUAAGCGUUGCUCGUGUCACUGGUGCCGAACAUGUAUAUAUAGCGCAAGGAAUCAAUGGACAAAAGACAGCCAAAUUAGCUCAAACGCAAACCACGGCACCUCUUCUAGCGGUCUUCACAGACCCAAUAAAGAAGAAGAUGAAGGCAGAAAUCAGAGAAGCGAAUAGAAAGACUAAGAUGUUGAGCAACGCUUCAAUGGAUAAGAGCAGAUUCAUGCAAUGUUGCGAGGGCUAUCUAAACGAGAAGAUCGCUCAUAUUGUAAAGACACACUCACAUAUACAAGAAAAAUUUAAAGGGAACCGAUACGGAACUGAUUUCAAAGUGUUUGCUCUGAAUUUGUGUCUAAGCAAUACGGAAUCUUACAAAUUUGUUGAGAAGAUCUUCAAUUUGCCGUCCAAGACCACGCUGAAACGAUUACAAAUGCCGGCCAGAACUGGUACUAAUCCAAACCUGAUAGAAUACUUGAAGGUAAAAGUGAGUAAGAUGUCAGAGAAGGAGAAGUUGUGUGCUUUAUGCUUUGAUGUGAUGAGAGUUAGCAAGAAUCUUUGGUACGAAGUGAACAAUGACUUUCUAUGUGGGAUGCAAGAGAUCGAUCAAGUUUUAGGGCCUGCGCCGGCUGAAUAUGCAGCUGUGCUAAUGAUUAGAGGUUUAUAUUCGAAGUGGACGCAGCCUGUUUCAUUCUCAUUCAUGACAGAGAAACGCCAGUAUCCGGAGCUGAAAGAAUGGAUGCACAAGAUCAUGGGAAUAAUGUUCGAUAUAGGACUGGACAUCAAAGCCCUAGUAGUCGAUUUAGAGAAUGAAUUCAUGGAUGUUUCUUUACCAGACGGUGAACACUAUUUUGAAAUGGAUGAGAGAAAAAUCUACCACUUUUAUGACGUGAGGCACCUCUUUAAGAGUGCUAGAGACGCGCUCAUGAUAAAUAACUUCCACAUAGGGUCAAAAGUCGCUAAAUGGAGUCAUAUAUUAAAGGUUUAUGAUAAAGACAGCGAUCAUGACUUAAGUCUGAUGCCUAAAAUCACGGAUGCACAUGUAAGACCCUCUGGAGAUGCGGUAAAUGAUGUCAAUUUGGCAAUUCAAAUAUUUAGCAAUAGUGUCGCCGCUGCGAUGAAUUUGCAUGUUAUUUCUAACAUGGCUAACAAGAACAUAAAAGAUACAGUAGAAUUUGUAGCCAACAUGAGCAGGAUUUUCGACAUAUUAGCUUCAAAGUCACUGGAAAAUGCUUAUAAAGGAACGGAUCGGCAGAAUAAAAUAUUGUCUGAUGUUUUAGAAUAUCUUCAAGACUUAAAUGUGAAAGAUAAGCGUGGGAAUGCAAUUGAAGCUCCAUUCGUUGAUGGACUUAAAGUGAAUAUAAAAUCUGCAUUUUCUCUAUUAGAGGAUUUAAAGAAGGAAAACAUUCAGUACCUUCACACGAAGGUUUUAAGCAAGGACUGCUUGGAAGAGUAUUUCGAUGAAUGUCGCCGUCUAGGAGGUAACUGUUGCGAGAAACCGACACCUAUCAUGUUCGCUCGAUCCUUCCGUCGCCUUUUUCUAGUAAAUCUAGUACACAAAGAUGGUGACAGCGAAGACUUGAAAUCAACGUUGUACAAGAUAAGCGAAUACAUGAAAGCGGACACUGAAAAGAAAGAAGAAAUGGACGGCGAUCAAUUGAAACGAAUAUUAGGUGCCGGAGUCAGUGAUAUUAAAAUCCAAUGGCCGUCAACUGAAUAUAUAGCUGGAUUUCUAAUUUGGAAGUGUUUAGAAAAGCAUCCUUGUGUGAAAUUUAUAGAAAAACUGAGCGCACAUUAUGAUAUCCCUGUCGAAGAAAAUGCGGAGACGCUGCUUGAAAAUUUUCGAAAGUAUAAUGCAGAAAACGUAAUUAGCAUCCAUCUCCUCAAACCUCCUGGUUACCUGGUAGAUUUUGUAGACCUAAUGGAUCAGAAAUAUUGCGAAUACUUCGCUAAAGAGGACAAAGAUACGAUGAAUUUCGCUUGGAACACAUAUAAAUUUAUGGAAGAAGAUACUUUUGAAUUGCCGUGUGAAUGUUUUCCUUUGAAGUUUAUUAAGAUUCUGUUCAUACGGAUAAAGAUUGAGCAUUCUAUUCGAGAGCAUAAUAAAUAUAGCAAGAAUCCCCGCAAACCAAGACAUCUGCAGAAGAAGCUAGUUAAUAAGAAGAGUAAAUAAAUUAAAUGAUUUAAUAUCCUUAUUAAC